AUUUUGAACCAUUCAAGAUUUGCCCGUAGAGUUUGUCAGACAGGUUCAAUUGUGGAGACAGCAAAAAUGGAGCGAUGGCAAGGAAAAGUGGCUGUUGUUACCGGUGCCAGUUCGGGAAUUGGUGCCUCUACCGCGAAAACUUUGGCUGAAGCCGGAAUGAUUGUUGUGGGAUUGGCUCGCCGGGUAGAACGAAUGGAAGCAUUAAAAGGUGAGCUGGCUGAGGACAUACGGCAUCGGCUUAACGUAGCAAAAUGUGACGUCACGAAAGAAAAAGAAAUCGUGAAUGCGUUCAAAUGGAUUGAGGAUACGUUUGGUGGAGUGGACGUAUUGAUUAACAACGCUGGUGUUUUUCGUAAAACUAAACUUAUUGAGGCGGACAAUACAGAUAAACUUAGGGAAGUACUGGACACCAAUGUGAUGGGAUUGGUGCUAUGCACUCGGGAAGCUUUUCAGUCCAUGAAGAAACGAUCGGUAGAUGGCCAUGUUAUUCACAUUAAUAGUAUUGCUGGACACAAUGCUAGUUUACCGACAGUAAAUAUUUACGGUGCUUCUAAGUUUGCUGUUACUGCCAUCACGGAAACCAUGCGCCAAGAAUUCAGAACAGAGGGCACCAAGGUCAGAGUUACGAGUAUCAGUCCUGGGGCUGUGCUUACCGAGAUUUUACCUGAGGAAAUGAUAAGACAAGGUGUUCCAAUGUUGGAAGCUAAAGAUAUCGCCGAUGCGAUUGUAUAUGUACUCGGGACACCACCACGAGUUCAAGUUCAUGAACUGACCAUUAAGCCUGUCGGCGAGUCAUUUUGAUUUAUUUUCGACAAAUAUCAGAUGUUUAAAUAAACGUUAUCAGAUUAUUUUCUAGUAGUGAACAAAUCUGCAAACAGAAA